CAUUCGACUUCCACAACACUGACCUUGUGUACACUUCACCACAUCUCAUCAUACCACACAGUCGCCCCUCAUGGCCGACACAGCCCCAACCUCAGAUCUACUGCCUCCCCGCAAGGUGACUUAUUGCGGAGUCUGCUCUCUGCCUCCAGAAUACUGUGAAUACGGCGGCACAACCAAGAAAUGCGAAGAAUGGCUGCUCAAAAACGCCCCAACCCUCCACUCCCAACUCUACUCCGAAGAAGCCCUCUCCCAAAACCUCAGCACCCUCUCAGUCGAUGCCCAAAAGCGCGCCGAAAAAGACGCCCAAAAGAAAGCCGCAAAAGCCGAAGCAGCCGAAGCCCGCGAUGCCGAAAAACGCGCCGCAUCCAAAAUCACCAUCAAACGCGUCGAGCGCAACAAGCGGAAAUAUGUCACUGAGAUCUCAGGUCUGGAAGCUUUCGGGCUCGAAUUGAAGAAGGUCGCGAAAGAGUUUGGCAAAAAGUUCGCGACGGGGAGUAGUGUGACGAAGACGGCGAGUGGUGGGGAGGAAAUUACUGUGCAGGGAGAUGUGGCAGAUGAUGUUGCGGAGUGGUUGGCGGAGAAUCAUGAGAAUAUCCCGGAGGAUAAUGUGGAGAUUGUGGAGGAUAAGAAGAAGAAGAGUAGUGCGGCCUAGUGGGCUUCAAAGAGGCGUGGACGCAAAGCUUGAGAGAAGGGUUGGGUUCAGAUCAGAAUGCAUAGCGUGGAGGUGAGAAGCGUUCAUUGGAUUGGAAGGAUAGUGCAUAGAGACUUUUCAAAAGAAGUAAAUACAGCUCACUUGACAGCGCGGGUCAAUCAAGAGUCUGGAUGAGGCGUCAAUUUCGGCGUUCAUACAUGCAGAAACGAUCUCCGGCCA